CAAGUUUUGCGCUAAGAAAUUCGCGAUCCUCGAACGAUUUCCUCGUCUCCGAACGAGUCUGAUUCAACUUUCGCGCUUGUUACCGAUUUUCUAAAUUAGAACAAACGAUAAACGAAUACGGGUCACGGUGAAUCGUAUCUGAUUACGUCAAUUGUAUUUUGAUAAAUUAACUGCGCUUAAUUUUUUACGCGAACGAUAAAUUAUGCGUCUAUUCCGCAUUUCCGCGCAUUUCCUUCUCAGAGGAUUCUACUUCGCGGAUAAGAAAUAGAAUAUACCUUUCGAUACGAAUAGAUGAAUCAUAAAACGUGAAUGUUGAGUGGAAUAAGAGUGGUAUUUUAUGCAUGUUCGUUCAUUAGUAUUUCGCGCGUAAUACGCGCUUGAAUAUACACGAAUAAAUAGCUUCUAUAAUAAGACAUUCGAGAGAGAAAUAGGAUGUGUUCGAUGAUCCAAUGUACACAUCAUUUUUCAAAUUUUUAACGACCAUAUUCGUAUCACGAUAAUGUCUAAUAGUCUCAAUAUUGAUAAUAAGAGUAUCGAGCAGAUUAGAGAUCGUAUAAGCCUCUCGUUAAAAAUGCAACGGAGCUUCAAGAAGAUGAAGAGGAGUAUCCGAAAGAUAACUGAAACUUCGACGAGUGUUCAACCUCACUGCGUUUUCGUAGAGAACAUGCAAGACGAUGAGAAACAACCGCUGUACAUAUUUCCGGAACGGCUCUCCUAUUUAACGUACCAAACGGGAUUUUCGAAGGAUGAGAUACGAAAGCUGUAUCGAGUCUUUAAACAGCAUUGUCCGAAAGGGGCCGUAACCACGAACGAUCUGAAACCAGCGUACGCAAAAUUAUUUCCGUUAGGAGACCCGGCGAAAUACGCGCAAAUCGUUUUUAACGCUUUUGAUAAGGAUAGGGAUGGUAUCGUUAGCUUCGCGGAUCUCCUUAAUGAAGUUGCUUUAAUUAUUAACGGUGAUAUAGAUCAAAAACUCUCCUGGAUUUUCAGAUUUUAUGACUUAAACGGAGACGGUUAUAUCACAAGAAAGGAAAUGCUAGUUAUAAUGUCCGCAAUUUAUGAGAUGCUACAUAACGGACAGAUUAUUCAACGGAUGGCAAACAGACACGUGGACAAAGUUUUCGAAAAGAUGGAUGUUGAUAAGGAUGGAGUUAUAUCUCAGGAAGAAUUUAUGAGUAUUUGUAAAAAUGAUAGUGUAAUUCAAAAACAGCUGGCAAUAUUUAAUCAGUUUUGGUGAUGACAUAUAUGUAUACAUUGAAAUUUCUAAGUUACGCUAAUCCUAAAAAAGAAGGUAGCUUGAAAAGUUUCCUGUUUUAUAAAUAUUCUUAUUUGCAUGAUAAAAUAGUACAAUUACAAACACAGCUUCCCCAAAAGUUGGAUAACAACGUUAUACGUAAUUAUACAUAAAGUUAUUAAUAAUUCAAUGAUACUUCAGAAGAGAUAAUUUUUCUCUUUCCCCAUGAAAGAUAUAUAUCUUCACUUUCCUAUGUACAAUAGUUCGUGCUUUCAAAAUAUUCUUUUCUGUAAAAUGUAAAAAACGCAGGCAAGGAAAAAUGCAAAUGCCAAUGUUACUAAAGCUUUAUCGGUAACUUCCCUUCUACCAUAUUUGCCUAAAAGUUUUCCAGAUUGAACUAUAACUUGUUGUUGAUGUUCUAAUUCGUCUUUGGUAGUGGUAACUUUGUCCGAUGAUAUUACUAAAGAGGUUUAAAGUAAUAUGAAUUAAAAAUUAUAUCUUAAUACUUAAAAUACAUUGAAAGAAAUAAACCACAUACUCAGUGUAUCCAAUGUAUCCGCGCUUUUCUGAGUCGUUUCGGCUAAAUGUCUAGAUAUACUUAAAAGUUUGUCAGAAAGUUGACUUGAUGUAUUUGCUAGAUUUCGCUUGUCGUGCCUCCUACGAAUAGCAGCCUGCUCCUCUUCAGGCAUGGAAAGCAUUUCUUGCUGCUCCUUAGACAUGGAGAGCAGUUCUUUUUUAGCCAGCUUAUCUAUCACACAUACGCUAACAACAUUGGCUUUACGAAACGCAGCUAAAGAAGUAUUGAGUUGCUGCCUAUGACUUUAAAGCUGCUAUAUUUGCUCUGCCUUCUGCAUUUAAUUUAUUAAGUAAUUCCAAAGGGCCAAUACAUUGUUGGAUAUCCUGAAAAAUUCAUAUUAAUCAAUGAAUUUUCUUAAUUAAAUUACAAUAAAAAUAUAGCUAUAA